AUAAUUAGUCAAAGGAUGAUCAGAACUUAGUCAUCUUCAUCAUUUUCAGAGAAACAGCACUCAUCUCUAAUUCCCUUCAAAGUACCAUGUAAUUAACACAUAAAUUCCCAGUUUCCUUCACAAAAUUCUCUUCUUCUUCUUCAUGCAAACCCCAACAAUAUGCCACCAUUAUCACUGUUCUUCAUUCUCAUCAACCUUACAAUCUUCCCAUCCAUUUCCGCCGUCGAAUUUCUCUUCAACUCCUUUACUGCUAACACCACCCCUGCCCUCAACUUCAUCGAGGAUGCCCGCCUUGAGCCACCAGUUAUCCGCCUCACAAAUGACUCCAACCAAUUUUCCCUUGGCCGAGCUUUUUACCCAUCUCAAAUUCCUAUAAAAUCCGCUUCAAAUUCCACUUCAAUUUCUUCCUCUUUCUCUACUCAGUUCAUCUUCUCUGUACUUCCUGAUGAUUCCUCUAGUCCCGGAUUCGGAAUUGCUUUUGUUCUCUCUGCUUCAACUUCCCCACCUAAUGCCCUCUCCAGUCAAUACUUUGGACUUUUCUCUAACGCCACCGUACACACGGUGGCCCCACUUCUCGCCGUCGAGUUUGAUACGGGUCGUAACCCGGAAUUCAAUGACCCAGAUAGAAAUCAUAUCGGGAUUGAUCUUAACAGCAUUGAAUCUAUUGUUACCCAAACGGCUGGGUAUUAUAGUUCUUCUGGUAAUGAUAGUGAUUCUUUUGUGCCUUUAAAUUUGCGGUCUGGGCAAAAUAUACAUGCUUGGAUCGAGUUUAAUGGACCUGAAUUCGAGAUUAAUGUUACUAUAGCUCCGGCUGGUAUGUCACGGCCUGUUAGGACUUUGUUGAGUUAUAGAAACCCCAUAAUUGCGAAUUACACGUCUGCCCAGAUGUAUAUGGGGUUCUCUGCUUCCAAGACUCAAUGGGUUGAGGCGCAAAGACUUCUAGCUUGGAGUUUCAGUGAUUCUGGAGUUGCAAGGGAUAUUAAUACUACGAAUUUGCCGGUUUUUCAGCUGGAAAAUUCCGGGUCUUCGCUAUCUCCCGGUGCUAUUGCUGGGAUUGUUAUUGGUUCUGCGGUUGCUGUGGUGGGUUGUUUAUGUGUAUUUUAUUGGUUUUGGUGGCGUAAGAAGGAAGAAGAUGAUGUAAUUGAAGAUUGGGAACUUGAGUACUGGCCUCAUAGAUUUUCAUAUGAAGAACUUAGCCAAGCUACAAAAGGGUUUUCUAAAGAUGAGCUACUUGGGGCUGGUGGUUUCGGUAAAGUAUACAAGGGAACAUUUGCUAAUAACACAGAAGUGGCAGUGAAAUGUGUGAACCAUGACUCAAGACAAGGAAUUAGGGAAUUCAUGGCUGAGAUAUCUACUAUUGGAAGGCUUCAACAUAAGAAUUUAGUACAAAUGAGAGGGUGGUGUAGGAAGGGGAAUGAACUUAUGAUUGUGUAUGAUUACAUGCCUAAUGGGAGUUUGAAUAAAUGGAUAUUCGAUAAGCCGGAGAAGGUUAUGAAUUGGGUAGACCGGAGGAGGGUCCUAGCUGAUGUUGCAGAGGGGUUGAACUAUUUGCAUCAUGGUUGGGAACAAGUUGUUGUACAUAGGGAUAUUAAAUCUAGCAAUGUUUUGUUAGAUAGUGAAAUGAGAGGGAGAUUGGGUGAUUUUGGCCUAGCUAAGUUGUAUACUCAUGGUGGUGUCCCUAAUACUACUAGGGUAGUAGGUACUUUAGGGUACUUGGCACCUGAAGUGGUGACAAGGGCUAACCCAACUGCUGCUAGUGAUGUUUAUAGUUUUGGGGUGGUGGUUUUGGAGGUGGCAUGUGGGCGAAGGCCGAUUGACUUUGGGAAUGUGUUGGAGGAAGAGGAAGUGUUGAUUGAUUGGGUUAGACAAAAGUACAGGGAAGGGCGAUUAUGUGAGGCAGCAGAUAAAAGGAUUAAGGGGCAGUGUUCAGAGGAAGAAAUGGAAGCUAUGUUGAAACUAGGACUUACAUGUUGUCACCCUGAUCCUCUCCGUCGACCUACUAUGGGGGAGGUUGUUGCUGUAUUGCUUGGUGAGAAUGUGGAUGCAACGCCAAAUGAGUUGAUCGUUGAAUUAGCACCUAGUGAAAACAACACGAGAGAUAGAAGCGACUGGUCAACUGAGGAAUCAGAACCACUUUCGGCUGUGUAGAUAUUAUACUUUUGUUUCCUUUAUUGUUGAAUCUCUUUCAUCCCUUGAAAUUAUUGUUUAAAGGUUUGUUCUUUGUAUUGUUCUUACAUGCUUUUGAACUUUAAACUUAGCAUUAGUUGUAAAUAGUUAUGGAUAUGCAAUUACUCAAGA